UUUCGCUUCUCUAGGAACUCAAUAAUUGUAUUUCAUGGGCGGCACUUGGGCCGAAUAAUUCCCUGUCAAUGUCUUCGUCUGAACCCGCUCCCUCGCCCUCAACUCCUCCCUCCGACAAUGCGACGACACCCCCCCGUGCGGAGCUGGACGUCGCGAAGCUCCAUGCGCUCCCCUCCGAACAGCAGGACCUCUACCUCCUGACGUUCACCUCGGACCUCGUGCAGCAUAUCUCGGAGCUGGACAAGGCACAGGUGUCGUCGCAGCAGAAAUUCCUGAAGAAGGAACUGUUCAAGAUCCUGACCCUCUCGUCGCCGACGAUCACGCGGGUGAUCCGCAAUAACCUGGGAAGGUGUUUCGGGGCCAUAUUCACCAAGGGGGAUCGCGGGAUACUCUUCGAGACGGUGACGGAGCUGCUGGGGGUGCUGAAUGCCGGGAAGAGCGAGGAAUUGAAGACCAAGUUCGCCGCAGCAUAUUGUCUGGGCGAGGUCUUCGCUGUGGCCGGGGAGAGCGUGUUCGCACAGUCGGGGAUUGUGACGUCGAGCUUGCUGAAGUCGCUGAAAUCGGCAAGCAACCAUGUGGGAUAUCGCGGGUCGAUCUUCGCUGUCCUGCGCAAGGUGAUCGGAGGGGUGGGUGUGCCGGUGGAUGAGGGCACCGCGCGAGACGUCUGGAAGCAGGCUCGGAAUGCUGCCACCGGGGAUAAGUCGACGUUUGUCCAGGUGCAUGCAUGUCGUUGUCUCGAGCAGCUGGUCAGCGCGACUCCCUUCUUCGAUAACAGCCACGACUUCGACACGUUGAAAUUGGUGAUUUGGAAGGUGAUCGACAGCCCGGUCGCUCCGGUCCGACACGCUGCCGCCGUCUGCCUGGCCCGGGCGCUGGCCAAGUUGCAUGCGGCGGAUGCUCGAGUCGUAACCGUUCCGAAGCCGAAGAAGUCGAAGCGCCAGUCGAAGAAGCCGGCGCCACGGCCGGGUGAGGAGGAAGACCAGGAGGAGAUGUCAGAGUCGUCGGUUGCUGCCGCGCCCAAGAAAUCCGAGGCACGGCUGUACUUCCUCCUGCCCGACCUUCUUCGUCAGCUCUCCACGCAGUAUUUGAAGAGCACGACGUCGAAUCGUUCCCGGGCGGGCAUCUCGAUCUGCUAUAAGCACGUUCUUCGGGCCCUGGGCGACAAGGUGAUCGAAGAGCGGUAUAGUGAUAUUGCUAGUCACCUCCUUUUCGAUCUCCUGAAUCACCCCACCGUCACCUACAAUCGGUUCCGGCUUCUGAUGACCCGCAAGUUUGUCAAGAGUAUCUUGGAGGACACCGUGGGUCGUGAGUCGCUUCGGGAAAGCAGUCAGGUCAACGCGGCCAAAUGGUUGAUCAACAAUAUCCUCAAGGAUUAUCCUCAAGUCAUCCAGGAGCGCCGGGAGCCUAGUAAAUAUACCUUGACCAGCACUCUCAGUGCCUUGUCUUCGUUGAUCUGCUCCCUUGGCUCUGCUUUUGCGUCGCUAGCGGAGAGCUGCCGGGAAGCUCUGCUCCAGGUGCUACCGCACCCCAGCUACACUGUUCAGAUCCACGCGGCCCACUGUCUCCGCAGCUUCGUACUGGCGUGUCCGAACCAGUUGAUCUCCUGCGUGACGAUCUGUCUGAACAGUUUGAGCAGGGAGGUGGGGCAGCUGUCGACCCCCCGACAGGCACCGCGGCGGUGCGUUGGCUACGCAAAUGGACUCUCGGCCAUGCUGAGUACCUCUCGGCUCCAGCCGCUCUAUGGCUCGGUCGAAGUCUUCUCCCGGGUGUUCACCCAAGCGACGGACCUUUUGAAGACGAGUAGCAACUCAGAGUUGCGCGCGGCGAGCACGCAGAUCCAGGUAGCGUGGAUUCUAAUCGGUGGCUUGAUGCCCCUGGGCCCCAGCUUUGUCAAGAUCCAUCUGUCCCAACUCAUGCUCCUGUGGAAGAACGCUCUGCCCAUCCAUCUAAGCAAGGAAAACUCCGCGCGGCGUGGGAACCUGGAAAUGAGCUUCCUGGCACAUGUCCGAGAGUCCGCCUUGGGAUCGCUGCUGGUGUUCAUGGAGUUCAACAGCAAGUUGAUCACCGCCGACGGCGCGCGAAGGAUCGCUGCGCUGUUGCAGAACACGGUCACCUUCCUUGACGACCUGCCUCGCCAGCGAGCCACGCAUGAAAUCUCCCAGCGUCUGCACCCCUCGUUUCAUUUGCAGGAUACCGCAACCAUGGUCCGGCGACGUGUGUUACAGUGCUUUACCAAGCUCCUUCAUGUCCAUCCUCAGACCCACGGUGAUGUGAUCUCUCAGACAAGCCUCCUGGGUCUGGCCAUCUCGUCGUUUGCGGACCCGGAUGCCACUCAGUCUGGACCACUGGAGAGCUCGAUCGCUGCCUCCACUGCCCAGUUCGAGUCUCUGUGGGAUCUGUGCGACAACUUCGGCUUUGGUGUGACUGGCUUGGCUAGGAAAUACGUCCGCGCGACUCUUUCUGGCAAGGAUGAAACUGACAAUGGCCCGUCCUGGUCCGCGGUUGACUCGGCCGACCAAGCUAUUGACGAUGCUUUGACUUUCCCUAUCUGCCAAGCCAGCGAGCAUGACUCCAUCCUCUUGUACUCAUCCCGGGCUGGUGAUCAUCUUUCCGCUGACCCGCACGCGACGGGUGUUGUCAAUGCCGCGGUCGAGCUGUUCUCUGUGGCUAUCCCAUUACAUGCCCCGAAGGUCCAGGAAAGCAGUGUCGAACAAAUAGCCACGUUCCUCACAUCGCAGUCUCUCCAGCGUAAUCCUGGACGCAAAGCUGCCCUGGUUGUCAACGUGGCUGUGGCGUUGCUUCACGCUUUGAAAGCAUCGGGCAAAGACAACGGCGCGACGAUGGGACGGUUAAACCCGGCGACGGACAAAGUAUUGCAAGAGCUUUUGCAGAAAUUCGUCACUGACCCUGACCUGAUCGUGCGCACGGUGGGCGUCGAGGCACUCGGAAGGCUAUGCGACAGCUCCGGAAAUGCCUUCACCAACGCGCAGAUCAACUGGCUCGUUGAUACCAUCGUGGAAAACCGCGAACCCAACGCGCGUGCGGGAUGUGCUGCAGCUUUGGGUUGCAUUCACUCCCAAGUCGGUGGAAUGGCAGCAGGUCUGCAUCUCAAGACGAUCGUCGGGGUGCUGAUGUCGCUGUGCAACGACCCUCACCCGGUGGUGCAUUUCUGGGCGCUUGGAGGCCUGGAACGAGUUGCCAACUCGGCUGGUCUGACCUUUUCGCCGUUUGUGUCGAGCUCUCUCGGCAUGCUGGCCCAGCUUUACAACGCCGAUACCCACAAUGUCGAGGCGCAGAUGCUAGCCACCUCCAACACUGAAAUGUCGUUCCUCACCCCGGUGGUUGUCAGUCGUUGUGUUGAUUCUCUGAUCAAUGUCCUGGGCCCCGAUCUCCAGGAUAUCGCCAAAACGCGCAAUCUGAUCCUCUCCCUUCUGCGGCAGUUCCAACUGGAGGACAAUCCGGCUCUGGUCACCGAGAGCUCGAAGUGCUUGGACCAUUUGUCCCUGUAUGCACCAAGCUAUGUGGACUUUUCCGGAUACGUGAGACGGCUGCAGCACGAGCUCUCUACAGACAACCCACUGAUGAGAGAUGUGGCUAUUCGCGCCUUGAGCAACCUCAUGAAGCGAGACGCUACAUCCGUCAUCCAGACCGCCACGCCGGCCCUGGAAGAGGACCUCUGGCUAGCCUUCGACGACACGCCGGAUAACCCCAUUCUCAGGAGCAUGAUCCAAGACUGGAUGCAGCAGACCGCUCUCACCGAGACGGAGUUGUGGAUUCAACGCUGUCAGAAUGCAUUGACCAAGACGCGCGCAAAAGCAGACGAGGUUCCUCUUUCCACUGCCCGGCCCGCUGCCAACGAUCUACCAGAUGAUGAAGUCGCGGGCUUUGCAUCUGCAAUUGCGGGACCAGGACAGACGGAAAAUGCGAACGAGACCGUCGCGGGCCAGGAACUGCUGAAAUGGCAGACUCGGAACUUCGCCAUGAGCUGUCUGAGUGAGCUUUUGGCCACCACGCAGGAAGCCAUUCUGCCAGACCAGACCAUUCCUGCCGAGCUUGCCCUCCAGCAGAAGGUGGGUGACAUUGUGCGAAUGGCGUUCUCGGCGUCGACGGCGAACGUUAUUGAAUUACGUGUGUGGGGUUUGAGGAUCAUCGAUCAGGUUCUUCGAAUGUUUGGCAAGACUCCUGAUCCCGAUUUUGCCGAGGCGUCCUUGCUUGAGCAAUACCAAGCUCAGAUCGGAUCGGCCCUUACGCCGGCCUUUGCUGCUGAUUCUUCACCAGAGCUAGCAUCAGAGGCCAUCAACGUGUCUGCCACGUUCAUCGCUACAGGUAUCGUGACGAACGUGGAUCGGAUGGGCCGGAUUCUGAAGCUGCUGGUGCUGGGUCUGGAGAACUUUUCGAAAAACCCGGACACCACGGAGAUCGGAGACCUGAAAGGACUCAACUCGAACGCCAGAGUCAUGGUCAAGAUGGCUCUGUAUUCCGCCUGGGCACGACUGCAAAUCGCUAGCAUUGAACAGGACUACCUGAACCAAGUGGUGCAACCGUAUAUUGCCAAGCUGACCCCGUUGUGGCUCUCUUCGCUUCGGGAAUUUGCACGUCUUCGGUUCGAGCCUGAUAUCUCUGGGAGCUUAGGCACGGGCCCGCUGGGGAGUGAUUUGGAUGAGGUGUAUUCUGCUUUGAAUCGGGAGACACUGUUGAAGUUUUACCAAGAUACCUGGCUGAGCCUGGUUGAUGCAAUUGCCGGUCUAGUGGAGAAAGACAUAGACUUUGUGUUCGACGCCUUGGAUGGCAAGUCGCAGAUCGAGAACAAGGACGAAGAGAAAGCGCCGGAGGACAAGAAAGAAGGAAAGGGCCACGAUAUCAACUACCGCGAUGAACCGGUUGCCUUCUUUUUCGUGCUGUUCGGGCUGGCGUUUGAAGCUCUUGUUGACCAGUCUACCACGGCAUCGCAGCGAUUGGAAAUCCUCCGGGCUCUGGAGAGAAUCCUGCGACCAGUAAUCUCUGGCAACGCGAUUUAUCAGGACGCCAUCUUUGGGGAGACGAUGGAUUCGCUGGAUCGCCUUGCGCUGACGGAGGGGAUCCCCAUCCAGAACGUGAUUGUCGAGAUCGCGCGCAACCUGUCGUUGGAUCACCCCGCCGCCAAAGGCAGCGAGAACAGAAGCGACCAUCUCACCGACGACAUCGAGCAGCUCUUCGAGCUGACGAGAAGCAUCAUCCUGGUCCUUGCAGGCUUGCUACCCAAUCUCCGGGAGAACACCCCGCUGGCCCGGUUCACCGUGGGAACAGACGACGCCCUAUCGCUCAUCCGCCUCUCCCUCUCGUCCCUUGUCCAGGUCGCCUCGAUUUUCCCAUCCAUCAUCCGCAACGACCUCAACGCAUGCAUCCUGCACAUCUUCACCACCAUCCUCGCCACAGGACUAUGCCAAGCGCAAGUCGUGCCCCAAGCACUCCCCAUCUUCAAACACUUCGUCCACGCGAUCAGCCAACCCAGCGAGGAACCCAGCCCCGCCCAAACAGACAACCUCAAGGUGGUAUCCCGCCAACUCCGCGGCUGUCUCACGCGGUUCCUCACAACCCUCACCAUCGCCCAGCGGCGCGAAUCAGACUCCUCGCUGCCCUGCGCCAAGAACACCCUUCUCGCCAUCACCAUCCUGCUCACAACCGGCAGCCACGUUCUCCCACCGCAAGACCCGGUGAUCCCACGGGUCCUCACCGAGCUCCUCGACUGCCUCCAAGACGUUGGUCUCGCCAACGUCGCCGCCGGCUGCCUCCGCUCAAUCCUCCUAACCUCCACACGGUCCCUGACGGAGGAAUCCAUCUCGCGAUUCCUCUUCCCCCGCCUGGUCAGCUUCCUCAUCGGCUGUCCCUCCGAACACGGCGAAAUCCCCAUGGACCCAGAGAACUGCAAAGCGGUCAUAUCCCGCACGAUAGUCUCCUACGUUCCCACCGCGCGCGACGUCCCCACCGCACUCUCAAUAGUCCUCUCCGUGCUCUUAGCCCGCGCCAAGCGCGACGGCUUUUCCGUAUACAAGGAGACAGCCGGCCAUCUGCUCGAGCUGGCAAAGGCUAAUCCGGUCGUGUUCCGCGCGCUGGUGGCGUCCAUGACGCCGGAGCAGAAGACGCUGCUGGAGGAAGUUCUUCGCUGUGCGGAGGUCGAUACCGAUGGGGGUGGUAGGAGGGGGUCGAGGGAUUCGAUGCAGAGUGGUGGAGCUGGGCAGCAGAGUAUGCCUAGUAUUGCGUUGAGGUUUGAUUUCUAA